CAAAUUGACAGUCCUCUGCUCAAUUCGAUCGACUCACCCCAAAUUUCACUUGAGAAAGUUAAUUGGAUUUUCACGACAAUUUAUCGUUUUUCCAAGAAACGUUGCGGAUAGCGAUCGCUCCUCCGAUUUUGAUUGCUUUCUUGAAGAUGAUGACUCUAAAGAUGGUGAAAUUGAGGAGAACGAGUUGACAAACCCCUGCCCUAUCCACGAUACUCGCCCCAUUUGGCCUAGCUUGAAUCCGUCGAGUUUGGGUGCGAUGGGGUUGGAAGAUUGCAAGGCUUCUGAGGGUUCUUCGUAGAUUGAUUGGUCUUCUCCUACAGGUUUUGCCCAGAGCAUUGCGGAUGAAGCAGGUUGAAGAAACUGAUGAAGCCAGGAAGAGAUUUCCCAAUGCUAAAUCUAUCUCAUGGUUCGAAGUCAACUCGGCCGAGACCUAGACGACUCGGCCGAGUCGUCACCGUCUCGGCUCCUACCGAUACGAUACCGUGACGAAACGAUACCGAAAUACUUGACUUGCCGAGAAAUCGGCCGAGUCGUCACCGUGACGGAUUGACUCGGCGAGUCACACCGAGUCAUUCCGAGUUAUCCCGAGUCAAGACGAGAAAUCAGCCGAGUCACACCGUGACGGAUUGACUUGGCCGUUUCUUUUACUAUUUUUUAAUUAUUUUUAUUUAGCAUACUUUUUAUAUUAUUAACAAUUUUUAGAAUAUUAAAUACUUUAAAAUUUGCAUCUCACCGAAACCGCGACCGAUAUGCCGAGACUGAUGUGGAACGUUCCGAGCCGCGACCACAACCGCGACCGUGACUUUGAACCAUGAUCUCUUCUGCUCAGUUUUUUGGAGAUCAGAAGUGAAUGACAUGGGAACUUCAGUUUCUCUGCAGAAGUUCUCGGGUUCAAAUGCAAUCUCUAGUGCUGAUCUCUUUGGUCAACAGUGCAACAAUUCAUCUGUUGAUGUCACAGCUGGAGAUCUGAUUGACUGGUUGAAAUUACAGGCGCAGCAGGAUUUCUCUUCAUUUAAGAUUAUGGCAGGCGAAACUUGGAAGAAGCUCAGCUCCCUUGCAUCCACUUUAAUGUCAAAUCUCCAGGAGGAAGUGUCGAAUCUCCAGGAGAGAAUCCUCCGAUAAAGCUGCAUUUUCUGUGUACAAAUUUAAGAGGAUCUCGUUAUAGACUUGCAACGGGGUGUAGUAAACUAUGCAACUCCCUUCGUGCUUUAUCGGCUCACUAUGGACUCCUGAUUCUGCGACUUAUACCAACAAUCUUUAAGUUUGAGAUUAACAUGAUCAAAACGCAAAGUGCCAAGAA